AACCCAUGACCUCACCACCUGUCUGUCUAUGUGCAAUUUCCUUGUAGUUCAGACUUCAGCGACUGAAGCUGUUGCCUCAAACCACUGAUCCAUCACUAUGAUCUCUAUCUCUUCCGCUGAAUUGAAUUACUUAGUCUUCCGUUACCUUCACGAAUCAGGUUUUACUCAUUCAGCAUUUGCACUUGGGUAUGAAGCAGGAAUUGAUAAAAGCAGAAUUGAUGUUAAUGUGGUUCCACCGGGUGCUCUUGUUACUUUCAUACAGAAAGGAAUUCAAUAUCUUGAGCUGGAAGCAAACUUGAGUGGUAGCGAUGCAGACAUGGAUGAGGAUUUCUCUUUUCUCCAGCCUCUUGAUCUUAUCACAAAGGACCCGUAUGAACUACACAAGAUAGUAAAAUCCAAAAAGGAAAAUCUACGACAACACAAAUUUGAAUCAAAUAAAAUAGUGAAUGACUUGAGUCAGGACAAUGCAGGGGAACAUGUUCAGGAAACGGAGAAAGAGAGGAAAGAAAAGGAAAAUGAACAUGGACCGGAAAAAAUAAAGUCUGAGAAAGAAAGAGAGCUAGAAAAGGGUGAAUUUAAAGAAAUACAACUUCCAGAUCAAAAUCAUACAGAGAAUCAAGAAGAUAAGAUUAUUGUUGAAAAUCUAGAAAACAGAGCGCCUGGAGGGCCUGAGCCAAUGGAGAUCUCUGAAAGCUCUAUGUCGCUGCCCAAUGAUACUCCAUCUGGUGAUGUAAAAGUUUUGGAAGGCCAUACCUCAGAGGUUUUUGCUUGUGCAUGGAAUCCGUCAGGUCCACUUCUUGCAUCUGGAUCUGGAGAUUCAACAGCUCGAAUUUGGAAAAUUGCUGAAGGACCUUGUAACUCUAGUGUGCAAAAUGAACCGGUAAAUGUUGUGGUGCUGAACCACUUUAAAGGAAGAACGAACGAAAAAAGUAAGGAUGUGACAACACUUGACUGGAAUGGGGAUGGAACAUUAUUGGCAACUGGUUCCUAUGAUGGGCAAGCAAGAAUAUGGAGUAGAGAUGGAGAGUUGAAUAGUACACUAAACAAGCACAAAGGUCCAAUCUUUUCUCUAAAGUGGAAUAAGAAGGGGGAUUAUCUUCUUAGUGGAAGUGUAGAUAAAACUGCUAUUGUAUGGAACAUAAAGACCGGAGAAUGGAAACAACAAUUUGAAUUUCACUCUGCCCCAACUCUUGAUGUUGAUUGGCGAAAUAAUGUUUCAUUUGCGACAUGCUCCACCGAUAAAAUGAUAUACGUAUGCAAAAUUGGAGAAAAUAGACCAAUCAAAACUUUCUCAGGGCAUCAGGAUGAAGUUAAUGCCAUUAAAUGGGACCCAACAGGUUCUUUGCUGGCUUCCUGCUCUGACGAUCACACCGCAAAAAUAUGGAGUCUGAAGCAGGACAAGUAUUUACAUGAUUUAAAGGAACAUGUCAAGGAGAUAUAUACAAUCCGAUGGAGCCCUACAGGCCCCGGUACCAACAGCCCCAAUCAGCAGUUAGUGCUAGCAAGCGCCUCCUUCGACUCCACAAUAAAGCUCUGGGAUGUGGAACUGGGGAAAGUACUCUACAGCUUGGAUGGCCACAGGGAUCCUGUAUAUUCCAUUGCAUUCAGCCCUAAUGGCGAGUAUCUGGCCAGUGGCUCCAUGGAUAAAUACAUGCAUAUAUGGUCCGUGAAAGAGGGCAAAAUUGUGAAAACAUAUGCUGGAAAUGGUGGGAUAUUUGAAGUUAGUUGGAGCAAAGACGGUGAUAAAGUUGCUGCUUGUUUUUCAAAUAACAUAGUUUGUGUUUUGGAUUUCCGAAUGUAGAGUCUAGGUUUACCUCUAAUUUUUGAGUACAUUUAUUUCCUCUGUACUAUCAGUUCCAGCUUUUGUACAGGGCCAUUCGCCACAUUUUCAUAUUUCUCGCUUAUACAGUUUAAUUGGCGUUAAGUUCGUCGAAUAUGUAGAAUUAGAAUUAGUCGCUUGUGUUAAAUUGCUAAUACCAAAA